GCCUCAAGCACCGGCGUGAGGUGGCAGGGAAGAGUGCCAUAUUCAGCGGGGAGCACUUCGUCCUGGAGGAGACCGACUGGUACCUGCUCAACCUCUUCCGGCUCUGGUGGCACUAUGGCAUCAGCUUCCUGCGCCUGCAGAUGUGGGUGGAGGAGGUGAUGGAGAAGUUCAUGAGGAUCUACAAGUACCAGGCACACGGCUAUGCCUUCUCCAGCCUGGAGGAGCUGCUGCGCUCGCUGGGGGGUGACACCUUUGUCAACAUGACGCAGCGCUCGGUGGCCGAGUCCUUGCUGGAGGUGGGCGUCACGCAGCGCUUCGUGGAUGAUGUCAUCGCGGCUGUCCUGCGCUCCAGCUAUGGGCAGUCGGUGCUGGUGCCCGCCUUCGCAGGAGCCAUGUUGCUGGCAGGGGCCCAGGGUAGCACCUGGGCGGUGGAAGGAGGCAACAAGCUGGUGUGUUCAGGCCUGCUGAAGCUGACCAAAGCCAACGUCAUCCCGGCCAGGGUGACGGGCAUCUCUCUGCACAGCUCGGAGGGGAGAGCCCUGUACCAGGUGCACUACGAGGGCAGUGAAGGCCAGGGCUCAGCUUUCUAUGACAUGGUGGUUGUGACAACUCCCCUGCACCCCAGCAGGAGCAAUUUCACCUUUGAGAACUUCGAGCCGCCCAUCCCCAACUUCCCCGGAGCCUUCCAGCCCUCCGUCACCUCCGUGGUGCACGGCUACCUCAAUUCCUCCUACUUCGGCUUCCCCGACCCCAAGCUCUUCCCCUUUGCCAGCAUCCUCACCACCGACACCCCCGACCUCUUCUUCAACGCCAUGGACAACAUCUGUCCUGUCAACAUCUCAGCAGCUUUCCGUCGCAAGCAGCCCCAGGAGGCCGCGGUGUGGCGUGUCCUCUCCCAGCAGCCACUGGACAAGCAGCAGCUGAAGACCCUCUUCAGGUCCUACUACUCGGUGCAGGUGACAGAGUGGCAGGCAUAUCCCCGCUACGAUGCUGCCAAGUCCCUCCCACCCAUCGUGCUCCACGAAAACCUCUUCUACCUCAGCGGUGUGGAGUGGGUGGCCAGUUCCAUGGAGAUGAUAGCGGUGGCGGCCAAAAACGUGGCCCUGCUGGCUUACAACCGCUGGCAUCAGGACCUGGAGAAAAUUGACCAGAAGGACUUGAUGCACAAGGUGAAGACCGAGCUGUGACACCCAGGGGAGGCGGUGGGCUGGGAGCUUCUGUGUGUAGUAGCCUGGGGAGUAUUUAUUGCCUUGGGGACACCAGGGAGUUUGGGGCUGGGGGAGAGGGGACGGGCUGUGUCCCGGAUGACUUGAACGUGCUUUGCCUUCAGGAAUACAGUCCCUGCCCAGUG